AUGGCGGAGUUCACAGCCAGCCGGGUGGCCGAAGCGAAGCGCGCAUUAGAUCGGAUAUUCGCUCAGCCCUACGCUCGAGAUACCGAGGAUGAGGACGAUCGCGCGAGUGAAGCGAGUGAAGCAGAUGAUAAUGGCGACAGACACGACGGUUCAGAAGGCAACGAGAGCGAACAUAAUGACACAUUCCUAUCGAAAGAUAAGAAAAUCGAAUGGUCAUCCGUGCCCCUCCGCGAUUCGGAUCGAGUUACUGUACCGCAACACCUCGCCGGUCCCACAGCGGAGGCAAAAGCGGGCGCGCAGAGCAUUUUGUCCUCCUUUUUAUUGUUUUUUACCCCUGAGCUAGAACAGCUCGUGUUAGCGGCGACUAACCGAGAGGGAUCGAGGACGCGCGACUCGUGGAAGCAGAUGGAUGUAAUAGAUCUGAGGGCUUACGUGGGCCUGUUGAUUUUGGCGGGUGUGUACAGGUCUCGAGGUGAAGCGGCCGCGAGCCUGUGGGAUGCUGAGUGCGGAAGGGCGAUUUUCAGAGCGACCAUGUCUCUGAAAGAUUUCUACCUUCGUUCGAAAACGCUGCGGUUCGACGACCGAGAAUCGCGUGCCGAGAGACACUCGGAUAAAUUGGCCGCAAUUCGAGAAGUGUGGGACAUGUGGCGUGAGCGACUCCCCGCUCUCUACGUACCUGGACCUGAGGUUACGGUGGAUGAACGCAUGGUUCCUUUUAAAGGUCGAUGUGCCUUCCGUCAGUAUAUGCCAAAGAAGCCGGCCAGGUACGGACUCAAACUCUGGGUACUGUGCGACGCGAACAGCAGCUACGCGUGGAAGAUGCAGGAGUACAUGGGCAGGGCGGGCAAUGCCGGCGCGAGGACAACAAACCUUGCCUCGCAGGUUGUUACUAGCCUGACCCAAGGAUUGGAACAUCGGCUGGUUACGUGCAACAACUUCUUCACUUCGUACGAACUCGCUCGCUCGCUCCUCCUGAAAAACAUAACUAUGCUGGGUACUAUCAGACGCAAUAAACCCGAGCUACCCCCCGAGUCGCUGUCCGCUUUCGGGCGAGAGGUGUUCUCGACCCGGUUUGCUUUCUCCGACCUGGUCACCCUGGUGUCCUACGUGCCUAGGAAAAACAAGACGGUGCUACUUCUAAUCACCAAGCAUUCGAGACCCGAAGUCGACGAGACGCGCAGGGACAAGAAGCCGCGAGCGAUACUGGAUUACAACCGCACAAAAGGCGGAGUGGACAACCUAGACAAACUGCUCGCAGCCUACAGCUGCAGACGAAUGACCAAACGCUGGCCCGUGGCUAUGUUCCACAACAUCCUCGACGUGUCGGCGUUCAACGCGUUUGUGAUAUGGCGAGAAACGCAUCCAGAUUGGAUGCCCGAAAAGCGUAACCGCAGGCGAUUGUUUUUAGAGCGCCUAGGUAAAGACCUGGUCACACCGCUCAUAAUGCGCAGAAAACACGCGCCUCGCGCAGAAUCCGCGCGCGCGUUGAUAAGGACGAUCCGAGGACCGAGUCCAACCGUCACUCCUCCGCGUUCGGAAAAGAGAAAACGAUGUCAGGUGUGUCCGAGGGAGAAGGACGCUAAAACUCACACCGUGUGCACCGACUGUCGGAAAUACAUCUGUGGCAAGUGUACCUGGCCUUUCUGCGCCGAAUGUGCGGGGAUAUCAUCGGAGGACACGGGAGAAAGCUGA